AUGGCAUUAAAGUUUUAUGUUAUUUUUGCAUUUUUAUGUAUUGUGCCCAUAAUAUACGCUUGUAACGAAGCAAUAUGUGCAAGUGUUGUUUCCAAGUGUAUGCUUACUCAAUCUUGCAAAUGUGAUCUCAAAGAUUGUACUUGCUGUAAGGAGUGCUUCAAUUGCCUCAGCACAUUGUACUAUGAGUGCUGCAGCUGUGUUGAUAUGUGUCCUAAACCAAAUGACACUCAAACUGAGCUUUCAAAAGCAUCAUAUGUUGAGGAGUUACCAGACAAUGUACCAGGCUUGUUUGCAGCCCUAACUGGAGAAUCUGACCCUCAGCAAAGAUGGUUGUCCAUAACAUACCCUGUAGACCUUGAUAUUUCUGCAUUCCAACCAGCUGCAGAGAGGCAGUUGGUGUAUCAUCUCCAAAGUGUGGAACAAGAUUCGGAGCCAGUUAGUCGUGAUAUUCUCACUUUUAACUGUACUGUGGCAUACAUGUCUCAAUGCAUGUCCUGUUCCAAGUGUAAGGCGUCUUGUAGAUCAAUGGGCUCCAAUAGCUUUAGAUGGUUCCACGAUGGAUGCUGCGAGUGCGUGGGCGAUAAAUGUAUAAAUUACGGGAUAAAGGAGAGCAGAUGUCUGGCAUGUCCAGGUGGUAUAGAGACUGCGGAUACUGCGGUAGAUGACGACCUCAGUUACGACGAUCUCGACUAUGGAGAGGAAGUCGACGCCCAAUCUGUUUGA